AUGGCAGCAAUGCCAUACGUUGAUGACAAUAGCGGCUACACUCAAGAGGAGGAGGACGGACUGGCUGUGUCCUCAUGGAACGUGCAUCAGGGCUACUGGAUCGUGGAGCCGCUGUCGCACAGGGAUGAGGAAGCAGCAGGGAAUCUUGAUGGUGACGAAUCUGCCUUGAUGCACAAUUUCACUCAGAACUCCCUCGUUUCUGUCUUGAUCUCGGAUGGUGUCGCCAUCGCUGCUUGGUCCAUGCUUGCUGGCUCUCUCCGGCAAUCCCACACGUUCACCGUUCGACUUUCGACGCUGCUCGUGUGUGCAGGAGUCAGCUCAUCCUUGCAGAUGUACGAUCGCAGCAAGAAGAGCAGCAGUGCAACGGAAGCUACUGGAUCGUCAGGAGAGGAGGUGGCUGCUGCGUCGUCAGAGGCAGGAGCUGUUGACCUAGGAUGUCAUUCGGCGAGGCUGAGGAGGUGGCUCGUGGUGAUCAAUGCGGCGGUCCUGGGGCUGAGGACAUCCUUAAUGAUGGAAGAGAGAGACCCGUGGUUCUCGUCCCUCCCCGUCAAGUCCAAGUGUCUCUCCAGCUUCGGGCUCUCCUGCUCUGUGCUCCCUUGUGUGGAGGACGGAAGCAUGCUCCCUCUACCGCUCAUAGCCCUCAGCUUCCUUGCCGGUUGUGCGAUGUUGACGAAGCGGAAGCUGGACGUGUCGCUGUUCACCUCCCUUGCAUGCUCCCUGCGUCUGAGCGCAAUCCUUGGCCUCCAUGCCAUCGACCUGCUGAGGAAGAGCCGAUGUAGCAGCCUCCGCGUGUGGUGCCCAGGGCUGAGAGGAGGAGGAGACAGGAAAGUCCGCAUGUGGGAUCUGCACAGGAGCAUUCUCAGGCGUGCAUCCUUGCUCGAUGAGAUGAUGUGGCAACAGGUCAACGACUUCACCCGCAUUAUGCAUUUCCUGACUCAAAGCCCCAAGGAGGCUCUUCUCUACGGAGGAGCGAAAAUUCUGACCAACGCAUUGCUGACAUGGUGGGGCGAAGUAGGGGGGGAGUUGGCAGUGGGCACAUAG